CGGAUGUCACAGCUCCGGGGGCGGAGCUAACGUAUUCCCCGGACCCUCCUUCCGAGACUCCGCUUCUGGUUUUUAUAGGAUUUGGUUAGCUUCCGCAAGUGCCGUAAACUAGCAGUUCGGGGGAACAAGAGACGGCAAACGCGUCUGCUUCAGCUGCCACGCCGUUAGGGACGAACUGUUCCGAAGAAUCUUCGGAUUCUCGGGAAAACUAAAAACAACAACAACAACCACCCCACACAAUCUGACGCGUCACUAGCGUAAAUCAGUGAGAGGGUUCCCGCUCUUUCGUGUUACGUAGAUGACGCCGAGAAGAAAAGGAACCGUCCAAGAAAACUCUCGGGAGCCCCCUUGCGCAGGGCUAUAACACCGCAUUGCCUGUUUCUGAUGAAGAUCUAAGUUAUAAGUAAAUUCCUGAAGAACAGUUGAAGUUCCUAUUGACUGCAAUGGGGAUGUUCCAGCCUCUGAUCGUUGAGUUGCGGGAAUAUUUAAAUAUGAAUCGAGCCCACCCCGUCCCGCCUCAGCUGCAUCCUGCAGUUCACAAUCAGAGCUCCCAAGCAUAGUUGAUCUCUGCCGAAAUGGAGCAUUGCAGGCGUGCUGACCAGCUGAUUGGCACUGACUGCAACACCCACGGGGACCUGCUUCAGGGAUCUUACUUUGCAAUCUGCUCAAGUUCAAGUUAAAGCAGUGGAGCUUUAUGUGAGACAUGGAUAGAUGCAAACAUGUUGGGCGGCUACGACUUGCCCAGGACCAUUCUAUUCUGAACCCCCAGAAGUGGCACUGCAUGGACUGCAACACCACGGAAUCUGUUUGGGCCUGCCUGAAAUGCUCCCAUGUGGCUUGUGGAAGAUAUAUUGAGGACCAUGCACUUAAGCAUUUCGAAGAGACCAGGCAUCCUUUGGCCAUGGAAGUUAACGACCUGUACGUGUUUUGUUACCUUUGCGAAGACUAUGUGUUGAACGAUAAUCCCGAGGGUGACCUGAAAUUGCUUAGAAGUUCUCUAUCUGCAAUUAAAAGCCAGAAGCAUGAUCCGUCUGCUAAAAGUGGUAGGACGCUACGGUCAAUGGCUUUGGGGGAGGAUGUUUGCAGUCAUCAGAGGGCCCCUCAGGGAAAGCCUCAGAUGCUUACAGCUCUCUGGUACAGACGGCAGUCAUUGCUAGCAAAAGCACUACGGACCUGGUUUGAUAAGAGUUCUAGAGGCCAGCGCAAACUAGAACAAAAGAAACAAUUGGAAGAGCUGGAGAGGAAGAAGGAAGUGGCCAGGCAGAGGCGUCAAGAAAUGAAGCGGAGAUUGCUGGAGGAAUUGGCAAACACGCCUCCAAGAAAAAGUGCCCGGCUUUUGUCGCACAUCCGCAGAGAGAAUCUCAUUCCUCGGAAAUUCAGAGAUAUGGAAGCAAGUUCCCCUACCUCAAGACGAGUGCAGAAUAGCAAAUUCAAACAAUUCUAUUCCAUCCGGCGUAAGCCUCAAAUGACUCCUGGUGUGACUGGACUAAAGAAUCUAGGCAACACAUGCUAUAUGAACUCAAUCCUUCAAGUUUUAAGUCACCUCCAAAAGUUUAGAGAAUGUUUCUUGACGCUGGAUCUUUGUGAAACUGAAGAACUCUUAGCUAAGACCGUGAAUGGAAAGUCUAGAAUGUCUGGAAAGCUGGUCAAUGGGCCUGCUCCAACCGAUUCAGGGAGGAAUGAUCAACUGGGUUCAUAUGGCAGGCAGAGCCUGCCAGCUGGCUUAAAUGGCGGGUCCUCAAUAAGCAAAAGUUUAGAACUUACACAGCCCAAGGAGCCAAGUUCAAAGCACAUCUCUCUCUGUCACGAACUGCACACGCUCUUCAGAGUCAUGUGGUCUGGGAAGUGGGCCUCGGUCUCUCCUUUUGCCAUGCUGCACUCUGUGUGGAGUUUGAUUCCAGCGUUUCGAGGUUAUGACCAGCAAGAUGCUCAGGAAUUUCUUUGUGAAUUGUUGGACAAAGUGCAGCAGGAGUUGGAAUCUGAAGGAACAAAACGCAGGAUCCUCAUCCCUUUUUCACAGAGGAAGCUCACCAAGCAGGUCCUGAAGGUGGUGAACACCAUCUUUCAUGGGCAGCUGCUCAGUCAGGUCACCUGUAUAACCUGUAACUAUAAAUCUAAUACUGUGGAACCUUUCUGGGAUCUUUCCCUGGAAUUUCCUGAGCGGUAUCACUCCAUCAACAAAGGGAUUGUGCCUGUUAAUCAGACGGAGUGCAUGCUGACUGAAAUGUUGGCCAAAUUCACAGAAACAGAAGCUUUGGAAGGAAGGAUUUAUGCAUGUGACCAGUGCAACAGCAAACGGCGGAAAUCUUCUCCCAAACCUCUUAUUCUAAGUGAAGCUAAAAAGCAGUUAAUGAUCUACAGACUACCUCAGGUCCUCCGGCUGCACCUUAAACGAUUCAGGUGGUCUGGGCGUAAUCACCGUGAGAAGAUUGGGGUCCAUGUCCUCUUUGACCAGGUAUUAAACAUGGAACCUUACUGCUGCAGGGACACUCUUUCUUCUCUUGACAAAGAGACCUUUGUCUAUGACCUCUCGGCUGUGGUGAUGCAUCACGGGAAAGGGUUUGGCUCAGGACAUUACACGGCAUAUUGCUACAACACAGAGGGAGGGUUUUGGGUCCACUGCAAUGACUCCAAACUGAAUGUAUGUAGUGUGGAGGAGGUAUGCAAAACCCAGGCCUACAUUCUUUUUUAUACUCAAAGAACCGUGCAGGGCAAAGCAAGUAUCUCAGAAACACAACUUCAAGCUCAGGUGCCGUCCAAACACAAUGAUAAAGAUAGAAGACUGACACUCCCCUGAAAGGAAGCAUCAACUGGCUUAUUUUUAUUUUAUUUUUUUAAAAGCCUUUUGGAGUUCACUCAUCUUGGCGGGAACAAAUACUGCUGCAGGAAUUAUUUGGAUCCACAGUCUGGAAAAGUGGGCCUCCUACUAUGUGCAACUGUUCUAUGAGAUUGUAGCAGAACAUCUAUUUUUUUUAAGGACAGAUGUAUUUGUAAAACCCUUCGUCCUCUAAACAAAACAAAGAGUAACAGCCUCCAAUGUCUAGGACUAUUUAUCUUCUUUCAAAGAGAAAUCAUUAUGGCAAGGAAAAGUAGGUGCAUUCAAAUUUCUGUGUACAACCAGGAUAUAAAGCCAUCAAACUGACCAUAAAUAUAAUUCCUCCAGAAAAAGAAUGAAUCAACACAGCUGACUUAAUCCUUGAUCUCUUGAUGUGGUGAACUGUUGUUGCACCUCUUGGUGUAAAUAACGUAGCCAGUUAUUUAUAUAUUAUACAGUGUAUAAUAUAGUCACCAUCCAUCUUUCUAACCCAGCGUAAUUUGGGUAGAUGGUGUUGUACUAUACUAAAACACAUGCUAAGAUCUUUUACACUAGGAAAAUGUGUUCAUCAACCCUUGUUUAUUAUUUUUGUAAUGGGCAUUUCAUCUUUUGUCCCCUGAAGUCAUUCCAGUUUCUUGGAAUGAACAAAAGCUGAAAUUAUACAGAACGCUGAAUAUGUCACAUAUUUUGAGUAUGUACUAAAAAUUAGAGAAACUAUUUUUCUUCCCCUCUAUUUUCCGCAUCUUCUAAUAAGACAAAAACUUAGACUGAAUUUACAGUCUACAUUUUCCUCUGUAAUGAUUGCAGUUGUUCUGGGUUGGCCUUGGCUUUUGGGGCUUUACUUAUGUAUUGGCUAUAACAUGAUGGUCACCAUAUGAAUUGGUCACGUGACUCCACCCAGUUUCACAGUUGAGGAUUAGAUUUCCUGUCCUAAUUGCUCAUUUUCUUUUUCUUCUGCUGCUAUUGGAACAUAUCAACUCUUGCCCUAAGUGCAUAGCAACUUUUCAGAUGCAAAGAAGAACGGAGAGGGAAGUAGCAGCCAUCAUACAGAUAAAGCAAGAAGAGGCUUUAUCCUCUUUAUCCUAAUAGUGUCCUGAAUUUUGUCAACAUCCUCCCUUUCGUAGCAUUUUUUGGGGGCAAUAGGAAGGGUAUCCAUCCUCAUUCUCUUCUCUAACCCCCAGAAAACUAGCUCCAAACUGUGAGUGUUUGUCAUCACAGUAUGCUUAGUCACAUGCACAUGAAGAAGAUGUAACAAUUCAUUAGUAUGCUACCCUAUGUUGAAUUACCAUUAAGAGCUCUUGCUGACCUUAAUUAUUACCACUGUUUCAUCUCUGUAGAAAGGACAGGACUCUGUGUGGCUAAACAAACAACUUGUUGCUUUGGAACUUGGAAAUAUUGAUACCAUAGCAUAAAAAUCCCACAAUUGUGUAUUAACAAAGAUAAAGAUAACUUUCCUUGGGUUUGUAACUAGGCUUUCGGGGCUCUUUUUUGCCACCAGUUGUAUCAAGAAAUCAUACCCCAACUGCUCAUAAGAAAUAGGCCAGUUAAAUUGUGACAGAAAUCAGUGCAGCAUCAUUGUAAAUCAGGUGAAGUUUGACUCUGAUAUGGAUGCUGAGCUUCACAAAAUUUGAGAAAUCUAAUCCUGCAAUUGUAAUGAUCAAAUAUCAGUGUUUAUCUGCUACAGGGUUCCUCUGUUAGAGCAGAACACAUGCAUUUCAGUAAACAAUUCUGGAGAAGAGCACAGGUCUUUUCAAAAUUCCUGAAGAUAGUCUUGCCACAGGAGCUUCUGCUCAGUAUAGGAUUCAGCUUUCAAUGUAAAUUAGAAAUUUCUGGGGGAAAUGGAUCUAAAAAAGAUGGACAGGUGUCUGGUGUGCACAAGUUUUUCUCAAGUGCUUUCUUGCUUUCUGUGGCUACUGUGAACCCAUCUUUCCAAGUCCAUUGAUAGCCUCCUGAUAUUAGUAAAUGGCAAGUUUACUAAAAUGACAAAAAUCUAAGCAUUUACCCCUUCUUGCAUUGGAAGUAGGGAGAAAGUAGCAGGGGUUUGUUACACACAGCCAUGAUUUGGGACUGUGCAGCACACACUGAUUCCAGUAGACACUCGUCUGCUGUUUGGACUGGUAGUAAAAAGUUCAGGUGUACUGGAUCAGCAUGUCUGAUACUCCAGAAAGUUCUAUCGGCAAGCAUCCUUGGUAAGAAAUUCAGUUAAUGAAGCUCAGCUCGUACUCGUUGUAUUGAAAGCAGACACAACAGUGUUUUUAAAUAUAGAAAGCUGAAUCCCUACAAAUCAUGAUGCAGCACUGCAGUACCAGAUGGGGCUGCAUUGCUAUUCUGGCUUCCAAAGACUGCAUCGCUGCCAUUUACCACGAGGAGGCAGCAAAACAACAGGGCAUGGCAACAGGGCUCCUGUGCACAGUGCUGAGCUCCCCACUGCCUUGCCGCUUCCCCUCCCAGUACGUGACAGCACUGCUGUAUUUGGGAGCCAGGAAAGCAAUGCAACCCCACCUGCAACACCCACUACUGAAUGCAGCUCUGAAACCAGAUUUCUCAGUAGUAUGGCUGCCAACUGACCGCAGCCUAACUGAUCAUUAGUAGCAACUUGAUGUGCAGACAAUAGAUGUGGAGCUUUUCACAGCAUGAAGAUAAACACUAUCACCUACUGUUGCCUCCACAUCAAGCUGCUGUUAAAGGUAUAGCUAGAGUUUGAUGGCGGAGCUGGCAAGCCUACUGUUAAUACUCAUCUUUUGACUGGGUAUUUCAAACAUCUUUUAAGUUUUUGAGUAGGUGCAGCUGAUGCCUAAAUUAGAUGCAUAGUGUAGUUGGGAGGGUCGUAUGGGUACCAUGAAUGCUUUGUGUUUCCUAAGCAGAUUUGGACAGUACUUGCCCCUCAUGUGAUUAAUGGGGUGGCACGAGAUGUGGAAAUGAGUGCAAUUGAAAGUUACCUGGAUAGGGAAAGAAGGAACUGUGCUUUUGAAUUGUGCUUGCUGUUUCCAACACUGUGAGGUUUCUGUAAUAAUUAGCUUUUAUUUGGAAGCGAUAGCGUAUAGCAUUUUUUAUGCUGUUUCUUUUAUAUCUGUCCACUGCUAGCAGUGCUCUUGCUAAGCUGUACACUGUUUUAAAGUGUCCUGGUUGACAGAAAAUGUGAUAACAAUUGGCAUUCUUAAUAGUUCCAUAUCUUACCAUUACAAAGAAGCCUAACAGAAUAACCAAUCAGUUAACCUUCCCGUGUUAAUUUUCCUAGCAUUCAGCUCCUUUGUUGCAUAUGUGUUAAACCCUGAAAAACGUUUAGCACUGAAAGGUGCUUCGCUUCUCCCAAGAGCCACCGUGUACUUGUAGGAGAUGACCAAAAGCACAUCCACAUUUGCUAACCCAUGGAAAUCAUUCAAUUUACUUUAACAUUUAUGUUCCUAAACAUGCCUGUUAGGAAGCAAGCCCAUUUAACUCAGUGAGCAGUGAGACUUAUUUCUGAGUAAACAUGUUUAGGAUCCGGCUAUAAGAGUAUACAUACACGAAUAAGUUGGGUAUAACAAGUGUUCCCGUUAUCAACAGAGCAAAACUAGUUGUGUGUCGAUAGCUAAAACUAGCUACAAAAAAUUUAAGAAUAACGGAGCAAUUCAGUACAUCAAGUUUUGAAAAUGAGUCUUUAUUAGGCUAGCUAAGGGUUUUAUUAGCUUGAUGUAAGAUUUCUGGGUCUUAGAAGUCUGUGGAAGUGCAAGCAGGAAGUGAUCUGAACUAAAAGGCUUUGAAAUAGGAACUAAUGGUCUUCAUCAAAUUUGGACCACUUGAAUUACUGCCCACUUCCUCUCACUGAAGGCAGAUUUAGACAUUGCCCUUGACAAAAAUGGCGUCCCCAGGUCAAAUAUUCCCCCUAUCACUACAUUUCGGCACACAACCUAAGGUGUGACAGCACAGUUUCCUUGGCCCAGCAAUGGGGGGACGGGGACGUACAAUGAUGUCAUGAGGAUGGGUGUGCCUAAAUGUUACUGAGGGGUAUGGGAAAAUACUCCACAAGGGAUUGCUAUUUUCAGUGACAGGUCCAUAUUAAGUAUAACAAUGGGUUCCCCCUUGUAUCUCUGCAACCCCAAAAUAAAGGCAGAGGACAGAGGCCGAUUUAUUCACUUGUUCCUUCAUAUUUUAAAUAUAAAAUUUCAACCAACUAACUUGUUCUUUAAAUUUGUGCAGAAAGGGGGAAAUAUUAAUGGAAUCCUUUUAUAUCAGAAGUUUCCUACAGGCACUGGGGAAAUAGUCCUAACUUUACAAAGCAAACAAGUUGAUUUGAAGAGUAUCCUAGCAAACGACUCACUGUUAUACUGCAAAGUUGAACUGUGCAGAUGCUUAUUUUUCUUUGCUUUUGAACUAUAGAGGUGAUAUCCAGUGGCAAGUCAUCCUUGGAGCAGUGGGUCUUCUCCAGGUAUGACAAGCAUUAGAUAUUGCCCUAGGUGUGUGCAUGCACUUCAGGGAAACUAUAACACGCCUAUCAGUUAAACCUUACAAAAAAAAUUGGUGUUAAAUGUGUCCUAUGGACUCACAAGGAGAACUUUAAAAACAUACAUGUUGUCUCUUUCUGAUUGUAAAGAUCCAUUUUACUAAUAUGCUUUGUGUGCCAGGUAUGUGUGAUAGGAGAAAAUGAGUUUUGAAUGUCAGCAAAUUAUCCCCAACACAAACUGCAGCCACAUUUAAACAGUAUUGCUGACUGAAAAUUUGUAUGAAUGGGGUGAAAGUUGUGGGAUUAGUUUUGCCUACCGAUAAAGCUUUGUGAACAAUUUUUUUAAGAUAAAAAAUUGGUGCCUUGUAUCUAAUUACAUUUUGCAUGGGACACAAGUUUAAUUUUCUCCCCCCCCCCAAAUUUGUGUCUUUACAAUACUUUAGUAGUAUUGGCUUUUUUACAUUUCAUAUCUGUAUGUGAAUGGGAAAAAUGGUUCCUACCAGCAACUUGAUGUAUUUUACUGUAUGUGUCUAAAGACUGUAUUUCUAAUAAUGCAAAUGAUUUGCUCAAAAGUAGAUCAUAAUUUUGGUUUUUGUGUUAAAUCUUUGUCAGUAAAAAGUUUUUUCAAAUUAGGAUUAUUCCUCUUGAAGCAAGUACGUCAUAAUUUUGGUGUGAAAGGUUAAGAAUGCCUGGAGCAAUCUGUUGACAAAGCAGUUUGGAAAAGGCUAUGAAAUUGCUGACUGGUGCCUUGCAAAGACAUCCGUUCUCUUCUACCAUGGUACUGCUUCUUUCCAUUUCCAGUUCCUGGGAGGACAAACAGUCCUAUCUUUAUACAGAUAGUAUAUGAUACGUAUGAGUGCUUGAAGCUAAACAUCUAUAUGUAAAGGUGCUUAAUAGAAUCCAGUGAACAUUGUUUCAUGAUAUCAUGCCUAGCAUCUAGUUUAACUAGCAAUAUCCGUUAUCCUUAAAUACAGCACCUCAAGUAAGAUAAAGGCAUAUGGUCACUGCUGCAUUGUCAAGCACAUCUUCAAUCAGCCUAAGUCUGACAGACUUACAGUGCAGAAUGCACUGGAACUAUUUAGGUGUAAGCAUAAGUGUGGCCUCCAAAUUCAGUUCAGGUCAUGUGGAUGUCAGAAAAAGAGAAAUGCUAAACAUAGCAAUGAUGAUACUGUACAUUGGAUUGCAGAAAAAUUAUGCUUUCUUUUCAUAGAAAAUAUUGGCCGUAUACAAGUAGCAUCAACUGAAUUUAAAAUCAAGCUAGGAUUGCCAUGUUUUAAGUGCACUGAUAAAGAGUGGAAGUAGCCUCACCUUCCCAUUUCACACACACACACACCUUGUAUCCAUCCUCCCACUGCCUAUAUAGUUAGGUGUCCUGUUCGCUACUGCACAAAACAGGUGUGAAAGCCUCAGCUUUCAAUGUACAAUUCUCAUCUUUACGGUUGCAACCAAGCACCUUUGUGUGUCUUUCAGCUUCUAUUUUCUUUUGACUUCAUUCAAUCCAAAAUAACUAAUACUCCAAACAGUGUCAAUGAAACAAGACUUAGGAAAAAAUUAAUGCUUAGAACUAGAGCUUGCAAGCUGUUCAAUAUUCAAGGAAAGCACCAUCUUGUAAUCAAACUUGCAAAACUUGAAAAGGCUUUUAGAUCCCAUUGACAGUUUCUGAUAUCAUAGAUGUGUGAUGUAAUGUAUGGUGUAUCAUGUCCACUGGGGGGAAGGGACUUGACAACCUUGGCAGCAGAGGGCAUGUGAGCUGGAGAUCAGCACUGUGCAGGCACACAGCACUGAGCUAGCAGCCUCCACCACCCACUGGUAAGGGCAUCUGGUCCCAUUCCCCAUCAGUCAGUACUGUCAGCCUCUUAUUUAACCACCAGUGGCAGAGAUGGUCUUUACCAGAAGCAUGUAUAGGCCUCAUGGUUGACUACAGCAUAUUUGGCAAAGAAAUUUUAUGUUACCGAAUUGCAUAAUUUUAGGCGUUUUUGCUUGGUCCAGCUUUCAAAGGCAAAAGUAGAUUACUAUAACUAAAUCUUGAAUUAAAAGAAACUCUGCUAUGCUUAAGUUCACUUAUAACAAAUGCAGUGCACAGUGGGCACUGGUUGCACCUCAAAAUGUAAACCGAAUCACAUGUACACAGAAACAAGUUCCACUGAAGAUGAGUGUGUAAGUCUAGCCAGAAAACGAGAACAAAUUUCUGCCACUACUUUUAAAAAUGGUCACCACAAAAUGUUUUUAAAACAAGUGUUCUGAAAAUUCUUGAUUAGAUUUCAGAAUUUUAACAUGCACAAAAUCAGAUCUCCUUACAGUAGUAUAAUCUCUAUUUCACAAAAGUUCUUUACAUAGGUACUUAAAUUUGCCACAGCUCCCCAAAGCUAUACACUUCUGAUUACAUUAUUUUAGCA